AUGCCCGUGGACCCGACGACCUAUCUCGACCCAAAGUCCGCCCUCGAGCACCUCAACACCUACAAUCGCCGAGAUGGGCUCUCUGUUGCGGAGCUCAUGGAUUCCCAGGUCCACGGCGGGCUAACGUACAACGAUUUCCUCCUCCUUCCUGCCAGAAUCGACUUUCCAGCAUCUGCGGUCGCCACCGAAAGCCGCAUCACUCGCAAUGUCGUCCUCAAGACUCCAUUCAUGAGUAGCCCUAUGGACACCGUCACCGAGAGCGAGAUGGCCAUCUCGAUGGCGCUCUUGGGAGGCAUUGGUGUUAUCCACCACAAUCAAUCGGCAGAGUCACAGGCAGCCAUGGUCCGCGCCGUCAAACGCCACGAGAAUGGCUUCAUUUCCGACCCUGUCGUUCUCUCGCCCACUCACCUCGUGGAGGACGUCCUGGACAUCAAGGCAAGGCUUGGUUUUUGUGGUAUCCCCAUUACAGACUCGGGUGUCCUUGGUGGAAGGCUCGUCGGCAUUGUCACCUCUCGCGACAUCCAAUUCCGCGACCCUGCGACCCCAUUGUCCCAAGUCAUGACCACGGAUCUUGUCACGGCUCAACAGGGCAUUACCCUGACUGAAGCUAACGACAUUCUUCGUGACUCGAAGAAGGGCAAACUACCCAUCGUCAACUCACAGGGACAACUCGUCUCCCUCCUAGCUCGUUCGGAUCUCCUUAAGAACCAGUCCUAUCCUCUUGCCUCCAAAAAUCCCAGCACCAAACAACUCUACGCUGCCGCUGCCGUCGGCACACGUCCUUCCGACAGAGACCGUCUUGCACUUCUCGUCGAUGCGGGCUUGGACAUCAUCAUCCUCGAUUCGUCCCAGGGCAAUUCCAUUUUUCAGGCGGAGAUGAUUGCAUGGAUCAAGUCGACAUACCCCAAGCUUGAGGUCAUCGCAGGGAAUGUCGUGACGCGCGAGCAGGCUGCAGCUCUUAUUGCCGCUGGUGCCGAUGGCCUGCGCGUCGGCAUGGGCUCUGGCUCCAUCUGCAUCACGCAGGAGGUCAUGGCCGUCGGCCGCCCGCAGGCUACCGCUGUGUAUGCCGUCUCUGAGUUCUCGAACAAGUUCGGCGUACCCAUCAUCGCAGACGGUGGUAUCAGUAAUGUUGGACACAUCGUCAAGGCCCUUGCACUCGGUGCUGGUGCCGUCAUGAUGGGCGGGCUCCUCGCUGGCACAGAGGAAGCGCCGGGCGAGUACUUCUACCACGACGGCAAGCGCGUGAAGGCCUACCGUGGAAUGGGCUCUCUCGAGGCUAUGGAACAGGGACAAGCUACCAAGUCUGGGAAUAAUCCCCAGAAAGGCGGCAAGUACCCUACCCCGAAGAAGUCGACUACCGUGGAAAACGCGGCGACGUCCCGCUACUUCUCGGAGAGCAGCCCGAUCAAGGUUGCGCAAGGCGUGUCGGGCGACGUGCAGGACAAGGGAAGUGUUAAGGCUUUCCUGCCAUACCUUUACACGGGCGUGCAGCACUCGUUCCAGGAUAUUGGUGUCCGGAGCGUCGGCGAGCUCCGGAGCGGCGUGAAGGAGGGCACCGUCCGCUUCGAACUGAGGACCGCCAGCGCCCAGGUUGAAGGAGGCGUUCAUGGCCUUAACUCGUACGUUUCUCUCUUCUUCCGUCUGAUGCAGGUAUACUAA